GCCCCGCCGCCCAGGCACCGACGGCGCGGAGCGGAGCGCGGCAGCAUGCGGCUCUGGCUGGGCUUCGGGCUGCUGCUGAGCGCCGAGCUCAGCGCCGUGUCCGCCGCGGGAUGUUCUGGUUGUGGCAAAUGCGACUGCAGUGGAGUAAAAGGGCAAAAGGGAGAAAGGGGCUUGCCGGGACUACAGGGUGUGAUUGGGUUUCCUGGAAUGCAAGGACCUGAAGGUCCCCCUGGGCCACCAGGACUUAAGGGUGAUACUGGAGAACCAGGACUGCCAGGAACAAAGGGAACAAGAGGCCCCCCAGGAGUAUCAGGCUUUCCAGGAAACCCAGGCCUUCCUGGCAUCCCUGGACAAGAUGGCCCUCCUGGUCCACCUGGCAUUCCAGGAUGUAAUGGCACAAAGGGUGAAAGAGGUCCAGUAGGUCCCCCAGGUUUACCAGGACUGACUGGAAGUAUAGGACCUCCAGGACCUCCUGGAAUGAAGGGAGAUCCAGGUGAAGUGAUUGGUCUUGUAACUCCUGGUGUGCUAAAAGGUGAAAAAGGAUUCCCUGGUCAACCUGGACUGCCUGGUCCACCUGGAGCUUCAGGGUUUCAGGGACCAAUGGGGCCACAAGGUCCUCCAGGAGAGCCAGGUCCCCCAGGGCCACCAGGACUUCCAGGCGAGAAGGGCUACAUGGGCUUGGGCUUUCAGGGUCCCAAAGGUGAAAAGGGUGAACAAGGGGUAAGGGGCCCCCCAGGACCCCCAGGACCAGCACCUCAUAUGAAAGAAAAAGGGAGUGAAAUCAUAAAGGGAGAAAAGGGUGAUCCAGGUGAAAAGGGCGAACAGGGAUUCCCAGGAUUGCCAGGUUCAGGUUUCAAAGGAGACAAGGGUGAACCUGGAAAGCCUGGUCCACGUGGAAAGCCUGGAAAAGAUGGUGAACCAGGACUGAAAGGAGAACCUGGUUUGCCUGGAGGGUUUGGGGUUCCAGGACGACCUGGGGAGCCUGGCUUAAAGGGUGACAAAGGAGAGCGAGGUUAUCCAGGACCUCCAGGAAGAAUGAUAGAUGCUGGACCAGUAGAUACCUUUGGUGAAAAAGGAGACCCUGGAGUUUCAGGUUUGCCUGGAGUGAAAGGUCAAAAAGGUGAAAAAGGCUUUCCUGGUGCACAAGGAAUCCCAGGACCUCCAGGUCGACCAGUUCCAGACCGGGUAGGAUCACCUGGUGUCCCUGGGGAGAGAGGUGAAAAAGGUGAAAAGGGUUCUCCAGGAUUCCCUUCACCUGGAAUGCCUGGAAGAGAUGGUUUCCCAGGCCUCCCUGGGCCGCCAGGUCCACCAGGACCUCCAGGAGUAACAGAUGGAAUUGAUCAGUGCCAGCAGGGAGAACCUGGUGCACCAGGUAGUCCUGGACUUCCAGGAAGAGAUGGAUUUCCAGGAGAGAUGGGAGAGAAAGGUGACAAAGGCGAGGCCUGUGCCUUGUGUGAUAAAGUAGGACCUCCUGGACUUCCAGGACCACAAGGGCCACCAGGUCCAGCAGGUUUCCCAGGACAAGCAGGUUUCAAGGGUGACAGAGGCUUACCUGGACUUGAUGGCCUUCCAGGGGUGCCUGGGCCCCCUGGCACUCCAGGACUUAUGGGCAGCCCUGGGGCAAAAGGAGAACCUGGAGAUUUUACUUACGAUUCUAUCCUGAAAGGCGAAAAGGGAGAACCUGGUUUCCCAGGACAACCAGGCGUUCCUGGAAGAGAAGGAAGACCAGGAAAAGAUGGAUUUCCAGGUCCCCAGGGUCCAAAAGGAGUAGCGGGUACAGCUGGCUUGAAAGGAGAGCGUGGUCCCCCUGGCCAGCCUGGAUUCCCUGGAGUGCGUGGUGAAAGAGGUUUUCCUGGCCCUCCUGGGAUAGGUGCUGCAGGAUUACCUGGUGAAAAAGGAGACAGAGGCUUUGCUGGAACCCCAGGUUUACCAGGACUCCCAGGAGCAAAGGGUGAAGCAGGACGAACGAUAUCGCUCCCUGGACCUCCUGGGGCAGAUGGCCUUCCUGGGCCUCCUGGCUUUCCUGGACCCCAAGGUGACAAAGGGAAUCCCGGGCUUCCAGGUAGACCUGGCCUACCAGGAGAAAAAGGUGCUGUUGGGCAGCCAGGUAUAGGGUUCCCUGGACCUCCAGGUCCCAAAGGUUUCCAAGGUCAGCCUGGCUCACCUGGUCUGCCAGGAACUCCAGGAACCCCUGGUCUGGAUGGUUUGCCAGGAGUUCCAGGUUUACAAGGCCAAAAGGGUGAGCCUGGUGUUGGUCUACCUGGCCCUAAGGGGUUGCCAGGCCCCCCUGGCCCAGCUGGAAUCCCUGGAGAAAAGGGCAAUCCAGGGCUGCCUGGUUUACGUGGCGAGCAAGGCUUUCCAGGCAUACCUGGACAGCAAGGAUUAAGAGGUGACCCUGGCCUCCCAGGUCUCCAAGGCCUGCAGGGCCCUUCGGGGGCACCGGGGCUGGGCCCCCCAGGACUGCCAGGACCUGCCGGGCAGCCGGGACCCCAGGGACCGCCAGGAUUUCCUGGAGUAAAAGGAGAAAGGGGCUUCCCUGGUGUCCCAGGUCUAGACAUGCCAGGACCAAAAGGGGAUAAAGGAAGCCCGGGCCAGCCAGGAGUGCCAGGCUCUGUGGGGUUACCUGGCCUGCCAGGUCCCCAGGGGGCUGUGGGGCUGAAAGGAUCAGCAGGACCCAAAGGAGAAAUGGGAGUUAUGGGAACUCCUGGAUUGCCAGGAACUCCUGGACCAGUUGGAGAUCGAGGGUUACCUGGUGAAAAAGGUAGCCAAGGUUUCAAAGGUGUAAUUGGACCACAGGGGGAUCCUGGUGUUAAGGGAGAUAAAGGUGAAGCUGGUCUCCCAGGAAAACCUGGAACAAUAGACAACAUGGACAUGGUUAGCCUCAAAGGCCAGAAGGGAGAUCAAGGAGAAAAAGGGGACCAUGGAGAAGCAGGAGAAAAAGGGCUACGUGGGGAUUAUGGAGAACCAGGAAUUCCAGGGCGAGAUGGUGAACCUGGUACUCCGGGACAACCAGGACCAAAAGGUGAUCAAGGCCCCCCCGGGUUCCCAGGGGAUCCAGGAGUUCCAGGACAAAAAGGAUCGGUUGGUGAAAUGGGUUUGCCAGGAACACCUGGAGAAAAGGGUCUUCCUGGAGUACCAGGUUCACCAGGCACACCAGGGUUCCCUGGGCAAAAAGGUGAAAAAGGAGACAAAGGAGCACCAGGUUUUCCUGGAAUUGGCUUUCCAGGGGCUCCUGGUGAGAAGGGAGAACCAGGAAGAACGGGUAGUCCAGGUUUAUCUGGAGAUAAGGGUGAAAAGGGUAGUGCAGGAAUUCCUGGAAUGCCGGGUGCCCCAGGUCCCAAAGGUUCCCCUGGCAUGGCAGGAUUUCCAGGAAGCCCUGGCCGCCAUGGAGAAAAGGGUGAAAAAGGACUCCCUGGCUUAAGUGGGAUUCCAGGUUUAAAAGGAGAACCAGGUGAACCUGGUGUUCCGGGUCCUGCUGGUGCCAUUGGUCAGAAGGGUGAACCGGGUUAUGAUGGGAUUCCAGGUGCAGCUGGUGCAAAGGGUGAACAAGGUCUUCCAGGUAGAGGACUUCCAGGAUUUCCCGGUGCAAAGGGAGAUAAAGGUGCAAAAGGUGAAGUGGGUUUUCCAGGAUCCCCGGGGAGUCCAGGCAUCCCAGGUCUGAAAGGGGAACCAGGAUAUGCAGGUCCACCAGGCCCUAAGGGGAACCAAGGUCUUCCUGGGCUACCAGGAAGUGCAAUUGAAGGCCCUAAAGGAGACAGAGGACCCCAAGGCCAACCUGGUCUUCCAGGUUUGCCAGGUCCAACAGGGCCACCAGGACCUCCAGGUCUGAAAGGGGCCAAAGGAGAGCAAGGGAGCAAUGGCUGGCCAGGGACUCCUGGGGGUCCAGGAAUGAAAGGUGAUCCAGGUUUCCAAGGACUGCCAGGUACACCUGGUUUGCCAGGAGAUAUUGGUCCUAAAGGUGAUCUCGGACCUCCAGGAGUUCCAGGUGUCCCAGGUCCAAAAGGAACUCCUGGCUUCCCAGGCCUUAAGGGUGAGCGAGGUGACCAAGGCCUUCCUGGAUCUAAAGGUUUACAAGGCCCACCAGGUCCACCAGGUCCUUUUCAGCUUAUUAAAGGGGAUCCUGGCUUACCUGGACCUGUAGGACCAGUUGGUCUCAAGGGAUUCCCAGGACUUCCAGGUCCCAAAGGACAACAAGGGGUGACAGGACCUUCAGGUGUACCUGGACCACCUGGUAGUCCAGGGUUUGAUGGUCAGCCUGGGCAGAAAGGAGAAGCUGGUCCUUAUGGUCCCCCAGGGCCCAGAGGAUUCCCUGGUCCGCCUGGCCCUGAUGGCGUGCCCGGGGCCAUGGGGCCACCAGGGGCACCAUCUGUGGCUCAUGGCUUCCUCGUCACCAGACACAGUCAGACCAUUGAGGAGCCAUCGUGUCCCUUUGGAACAAGGCUCAUUUACCACGGCUACUCCUUGCUUUAUGUACAAGGCAAUGAAAGAGCACAUGGCCAAGAUCUGGGCACAGCAGGAAGCUGUCUUCGUAAAUUCAGUACCAUGCCUUUCUUAUUCUGCAAUAUCAACAACGUCUGUAAUUUUGCAUCAAGGAAUGACUACUCCUACUGGCUGUCUACUCCUGAACCCAUGCCAAUGAAUAUGGCUCCUAUCACUGGUGAUAACAUCAGACCAUUCAUCAGCAGAUGCUCUGUGUGUGAAGCUCCUGCUAUGGUAAUAGCUGUUCACAGUCAAACAAUCCAAAUACCACCGUGUCCUGAAGGCUGGAGUUCACUUUGGAUUGGUUACUCCUUUGUCAUGCACACCAGUGCUGGUGCAGAGGGCUCUGGCCAGGCCCUGGCGUCCCCUGGUUCCUGCCUGGAGGAGUUCCGCAGCGCUCCCUUCAUCGAAUGCCAUGGCCGGGGCACCUGCAAUUAUUAUGCAAAUGCUUACAGCUUCUGGCUUGCCACUAUAGAAAGGAAUGAGAUGUUCAAGAAACCGACUCCCUCAACUUUAAAGGCCGGGGAUCUACGCUCGAAUGUUAGCCGUUGUCAAGUCUGUAUGAGACAAACAUAAUGACUUUUGAAUUUCAACUAAUUUCACACAAUAUGGUGCUAUUCGUUUAACAGCAAUGAAGCCUAGACAUAUAUCAUAUGUACCUCAUUGUUGUCCAGUAUGAAAACAGUAAAGUGCCUUUUAGGAACUUGCAUAACUAACACACACUGCUUUACUGGCCCUGUCCUUGCUAAAGAAGAAAAGAGACAACAAAGAUAAGCUUCAAAUGUUGACAUGCCAAAUGGCACUUUCGAUCAAAGUAUAUGUAUUUUUAUAUAAAUGCAAUGCACUGAUAGAAUAAAAAGUCAGCGUUUAUCCAGAAAAGAAAUGCAAAGGUGCUAGGAGGUAUGCAGUUCUGCCUUAUACUGUUUGACCCCCCUUUCUCAUUCUUGUAUUAUAUAUAUUUAGAUUCAUUUUUCUUCCCCAGAUAAGUUUGUUACCGUUAUCUAGCUGUCUUAAAAUUCCAGACUCUUGGGUAUGUACUUAUUGUUCUUGUACAAAGGAAUACUAAUGUAAAAAAGAGGUUUGGGAUUAUAGACUGUGGUUAAGCAACAUGUAACCAUCUUUUCACAACAUAGAGUGCCAUCCUGCAAACCUUUGCUUCUGUUCAUAGCCUUUAGUGCUGUCAGUAUUAAUGGGUCUACAUCUGGAAGAGGUUGCCAAACUGGCUUCA